CUCUCCCAUUUCUGGACCCCAUUCCCACCUAAUGGGGACCCAGGAGGCCCUCGAAGGGGCUUUAUAAGGCCCUUGCACGCGGAGUCUCCCUAUCCUGUAGGACCACACCGGUGCUGGGACGUAUUCUGGUCCCCAGGACGGAGCAGGAAGGGGGCUGGGCCAACCUGGCUCGGCUGAGUUCCGUCUCAGCGCGCCUUGACUCGGCUCCUUAAGCGCCAUCCGGUUCUCUUUCAGUUUCCUCUAAAAUCCUUCCCUUCUCAUUAGAUUCUAUGACCUGAACCGUAGCCCUCGUAUCCCCAUUCCCUCCUGAGACGACCCGAGCAUGCCCCAUUCAUUCCACGGUGAUGGAGAAUUCUCUUCUCACUCUCGUUUACGGAUUCCCGGCGGAAGUUGUGUUCUCACGUAUCUCUGUACCAUGCCAUUGGAAGAUGAAAGAGACUAUACAAGGGACUGGGUCUUGGGGGCCUGAGCCUCCUGGACCCGGCAUAGCCCCAGCUUUUUCAAGUCCCAGGCGGGAGCGUCUUCGUUGGCCCCCACCUCCCAAACCCCGACUCAAAUCAGGUGGAGGGUUUGGGCCAGACCCUGGGUCAGGGACCACAGUGCCAACCAGACGCCUCCCUGUCCCUCGGCCCUCUUUUGAUGCCUCAGCUAGUGAAGAGGAGGAGGAAGAAGAGGACGACGAAGACGAAGAUGAGGAGGAGGAAGUGGCAGCUUGGAGGCUGCCUCCCAGAUGGGGUCAACUGGGAGCUUCCCAGAGGCCUCGCCCUCCCCGCCCUACUCAUCGGAAAACCUGUUCACAGCGCCGUCGCAGAGCUAUGAGAGCCUUCCGGAUGCUGCUCUAUUCAAAAAGCACCUCUCUGACAUUCCACUGGAAGCUUUGGGGGCGCCACCGGGGCCGGCGGCGGAACCUUGCACACCCCAAGAACCAUCUUUCACCCCGGGAAGGGGCUGUGACACCACAGGUGCCAUCCCCCUGCUGUCGUUUUGACUCACCCCGGGGACCACCUCCACCCCGGCUGAGUCUGUUAGGUGCUCUCAUGGCUGAGGAUGGGGUGAGAGGGUCUCCACCAGUGCCCUCUGGGGCCCCCAUGGAGGAAGAUGGAUUAAGGUGGACUCCAAAGUCUCCUCUGGGCCCUGACUCUGGUCUCCUCUCUUGUACUCUGCCCAAUGGCUUUGGGGGACCACUUGGGCCAGAAGGAGAGCGAAGUCUGGCACCCCCUGAUGCCAGCAUCCUCAUCAGCAACGUGUGCAGCAUCGGGGACCACGUGGCCCAGGAGCUUUUUCAGGGCUCAGAUGUGGGCACUGCAGAAGAAGCUGAGCGGCCUGGGGAGAAAGCUGGCCAGCACAGCCCUCUGCGGGAGGAGCAUGUCACCUGUGUGCAGAGCAUCUUGGAUGAAUUCCUUCAGACUUACGGCAGCCUCAUCCCCCUCAGCACUGAUGAGGUAGUGGAGAAACUAGAGGACAUUUUCCAGCAGGAGUUCUCUGCACCUUCCAGGAAGGGCCUGGUGCUGCAGUUGAUCCAGUCAUACCAGCGGAUGCCAGGCAAUGCCAUGGUGAGGGGCUUCCGAGUCACCUAUAAGCGGCAUGUGCUGACCAUGGAUGACCUGGGAACUUUGUAUGGACAGAACUGGCUCAAUGACCAGGUGAUGAACAUGUACGGAGACUUGGUCAUGGACACAGUCCCUGAAAAGGUGCAUUUCUUCAACAGUUUCUUCUAUGAUAAACUCCGUACCAAAGGUUAUGAUGGGGUGAAAAGGUGGACCAAAAACGUGGACAUCUUCAAUAAAGAGCUCCUGCUAAUCCCCAUCCACCUGGAGGUGCAUUGGUCCCUCAUCUCUGUUGACGUGAGGCGGCGCACCAUCACCUAUUUUGACUCGCAGCGCACCCUGAACCGCCGCUGCCCUAAGCAUAUUGCCAAGUAUCUGCAGGCAGAGGCAGUGAAGAAAGACCGGCUGGAUUUCCACCAGGGCUGGAAAGGUUACUUCAAAAUGAAUGUGGCCAGGCAGAAUAAUGACAGUGACUGUGGCGCCUUUGUGUUGCAGUAUUGCAAGCACCUGGCCCUGUCUCAGCCAUUCAGCUUCACUCAGCAGGACAUGCCCAAACUUCGUCGGCAGAUCUACAAGGAGCUGUGUCACUGCAAACUCACUGUGUGAGCCUCGUAUCCCAGGCCUCAAGCCCAUUUGUUAAUGGGCAGGGGAGCAUGGGAGACCCUUCCCAAGAAACUCAAGUUCCUUUUGUCUUUAGCCUCUUUCCACCCAGUUCCCUUUGGUUUUUCAUAUUUAAAUGUUUUGAUUUCUGUAUUUUUUUUUCCCUUUGAGAGAAUACUUGUUGAUUUCUGAUGUUCAAGGGGUUGGCCAUGGAAAAUCCCCUAUUUCCCGCUGUCUGCAAGGGAGUAUGGCCUUGUGGCCUGGGUGGCCAGUCAUCUCCCUUCCAUGUGCAGGGGCGGGGGUGGGGGGGUGGGGGGCAGAAAAAUCUAGGGGUGGUGGGCGGGCAAUGGGAUUACUGCCUGCCAAAUCGUCAAACAUUUUUUAUAUAUAUAUAUAUAAAUGCCACGGUCCUCCUCUGUCAAUAAAGGAUCCUUUGGAGAUAA